AUGUUUCCUCGUUACAUUAAAAUUAAACCCUCAAUAUUUGAAAUUAAAAGCAAAGAAAAAGCAACAACUGGGGAAGAAAGAGAUAAUGAAUCAAAUUGCAGUAGUUCGGAAACAGAAGAUUUGGAAGACAUUUACAAAAAAAGACCCGAUUUAAAGCAGUACGACUGCCCAAAUGAUUACUGGAAAUUUCUUAAAGCUAUAAAAUACCUCGCCCAUGGUAGACCUUUAAUUUCAACUCUUUCUUUACUUAUCUGCUAUGACUGUGAUUUUCAAGAUCCAAUAAUGCUAAAAGGUUUAACAGACUAUAGAGUGAUUGAAGUUUUAUUAAAUCUCUUGGAAUGUAACGAUAAACGAUUACAAUUCAUUUCUCUGCGAUUUUUGCGCAAGUUAAGCAAAAUAAGAAUGCUUAGAUUGGAAAUUGUCCAUCUGGAUGGAAUACAAUCGAUGGUGAAAUUAUUAGAGGAAUCACAAAUUGAUCUAAAGCUUGAAGUUGUUGAAACAAUAUACUGCAUUGCUGACUUUCAUAAAUCUUGGACAGCAAUACGAAUUUCUGGCGGGAUACCGUUACUUGUAAAUAUGAUUUAUCUCCCGCUGAGUUUACUGUAUGAAGCUUCAGAACUAAAUGAACAGCUUGCUGCCGUUCUACGGGCGGCUGAAUUAGCAUCUUUGUGCCUUUUUGCGGCCUGCAAAUGUCGAAAAAAUCAAAUAGAGUUUUUGCUAAGUGGAGCAUUGCGUGGGUGUCACACAAUCUUGAAGACACCCCACGUGAAAUUAGCAACAACGGCAUUGCAACUAAUUCAACGCUGUGCUAACCAGAAAAAAAUCAAACUGGCCAUUAAAAGCAUGGGAAUGCUGGAAGUUUUCAGGAAGUACUUUUAUAGCGAAGAUCAAAACCUAAUACAAGCCACAGCUCUGGCUGCCUUCAAAUGCGCUGAAGGCGAGGAAGCUAAGCGAUUCUUUGGGAAAUCGGGAUUUGUGGACAAACUAUAUGAAAUUAUACAAAUGUCAACGUUUCAUUCCGAUAAUAUGUUUAUGGCUUCAAUUUCAGGAGCUUUAUGGAAAUGCGCCGAAAUCAAGGCGAAUUUGGCGAGAUUUCAAGCGCUAAAUGUAGCGCCAUUACUAAUUCAGUUGCUCAGUUCGCAGCCACCGAAAGUUCAAGAAUAUCUAGUGGCUUGCCUAAGCUGUUGCAUGGAUCAUCCACAAAUGCGUACAACGAUAAGGAAAAACAAUGGUAUAGAAACACUCAUUGGGCUCUUAAAAACCACACAUUCAUCGCUGAUUAUGCACUUAAAUAAGGCUUUAGCUAAUGCUUCUAAAGAUAAGGAAUGCUUAAUUUUGAUGGAGAACCACAAUGCAUUGAGGCUAAUAUGGUCUCAUUUAAAAAAUGAAAAUGCAUCCGUCAUAUCGAAUACACUCUGGCAAUUAGCAGCCAUUUUGAAAAACACAGAAAACUCCGCAGUUUACAUUCGAUCGCUGGUCGGAGCGGUUCAAUUACUAACGGACCUUUUACAUUCUAGACACACUCGUAUAUUGACACCCGUUUGUGCAUUGAUUGUGGUAUUGUCAAAGGAAACGGAAAAUUUAAGAAUACUUACGAAUUACCAAGUUGUUCAAGGAUUAUCCAAUUUAACAAAUACACGAUGCAGGCGGCUUAGAUACCAUAUGUGCUUGGCCAUCACAGCGUGCUGCAAAUUUAAGGACAAUAGGCAUGAAUUUGCUAAUAGAAAAGUUGUCUACCCCUUGAUCAAAAUGCUGAAGAGUAAGACAGUGAUUGUGUCAGGCGCAGCAACGCAUGCGCUUCGUGAGCUUUCUUGGAUUCCAAAAUGGUGCGCUAUUAUGUACAACACUGCUGGAGUCUAUGACAUUUUAAUUCGACAAAUGCUUAGCAAGGAUCAUGAAGUCCAAGAAAGUGCCGCUGAUAUUACACAAAGAAUGCGUUUGUUUCCUCUAAAUCGAGACGGAAAUAUUCCAAAAUGGCUAAUUGAUAAACAUGCACUAUUUUUUGCAUAA